AAGUCAUGGCUGCUGCCAGCCAGGAAUGGAAUAAGGAUUCAUGAUCCAAAUUGCAGUUAUCAAGUUCAUUUCUCAUUAUGUUCUGGCUUUGAUUCUGCUCCUCGUGGUCCUGAAGGGUUGUCAAUGCACACCUCCUCCCUCAGACGCUGCUUCUCUUAGCUACAGCUUCACUGUUGGCAACUCAGGGUCUGGAGCAUGGUGGCACGAAAUUGAAGGCAAACUGAAUAGAAGGGAUUUUAUUUAUUGUGACAUUACCCACAACUGCCAUGCCAUUGGUCUUCUGGGAAACAGACUGAGUGCCACAAAGAUCUGGCAACCACAGGUUGACAUUCUGAAAGAUGGAGUUGACCUGUUGAAAGCAGAAAUGGUUGACAUAAAGUUAGAGACUAAUACAAUGAGAAAGCCCCUCACUCUGCAGGCCACGAUGCGUUGUGGGUAUGAAGUAAAUGGAGAUUUCCGUGGAUCCUGGGACUUUGGCCUCAGUGGACAGAAAAUGUUGCAUUUUGACUCAAGCACUGGAAAGUUGACUGAAGUUGAUUCUGAAUCCAGCCAGAUGAAAAGUUUGUUGGAGAAAGACGAGGAAGUAACUGACUUCUUAUACAGGACCUCACGGGGGGACUGCAGGUCCUGGCUUGAGGAGUUCAAGUCACACUGGGAAGAAAAGCUGGAGCCUACAGCCUCGCCAAUUGCUGCUCCGGAUGUGAACAAACCUCCGUCCUUGGCAAGCAAGUCCAACAUCUCUGUCCUGCUGCUGAUCCUCACCUGCUCCCUCCUGUUACUUUUAUAAUAUUUGUGAAGACAGGUUGAAGAUGCUCCAGAGAAGGUCGUGAGAAUUAUUCAUCUGAUCCAGCCACUCUCCCUCUCACCGGCCUCAACCAGAUGAAUCAUGAUGCUGCCGACACAGUGUGUGUCACGAUCCUUCACUCUGUGCUGUCACUUGGGCCCUUCUUAUCACCUUGUGCUGUUUCCUUGGUGCUCCCUGGAUGUAUUUUGCUCUUAACAUGUAACUCAACAUCUGGAAAAGAACGUGAUUAUGUACCCCUCCUUAGCAUAAGAAACAGGAUAACCAGAUCCCCUUAGUGGGAGUGUGAAGUUUUUCCACCUGCAUAUAUAACUGGCAAUAAUCAAAUAUCUCAGGUGUCGCUAAAGGAAACCUGUAACAGCUAAUCACAGAACAUGGAAAUUGGGAAAUAGUUGUUUAAUAGAAGUCACUAAUAACUGUAACAGGGCCCCAGACCUUAGCACAGCUGACUCCAUCAUGAAAGAGCCAUUCAAGAGGUAAAACUCAGCACAUAGACAGCAUCAUCUGCCAAAACUGAAACAAAGACCUGAUCCAUCCCAGUCCAUAGUUAGGGUAGUCUCUGAAUGUACUAACCUUGACUUUUGACUUCUGUAUUUCCACUUCUGGCUAACUGUUCUUGUUAACUGAAGUAUGUCAACCCAAAGCAUGGGGUUUUGUGCUUAAAAGCUCUACCUGAGGGUAGGUGCUACACAGGGAUCCCAAAUACCCAAUGUAGUUAGCUAACCAGCUAAUAAAAAGUUUCU